CUGCAAACACCUUUACUUCUUACAUAAAGUAACCCUGGUUUCUAGACGCCUUCAACAGCAUCAUUUUACAAUACAGAGUGAGACAGGAGCUGACUCCGUUUUCCAGGCAACAGUCCUUCUUCCAACACUGGACGUGGAGACCCCACUACGAGCACCGUUGGGCGCACCGCCCCUUCCUCUGCGCAUGCGCAAACUGCAGUCCUGCUCCUGGUCCAUCCGUGGCCUCGCGUACCUCCUGGGAAACAACUCCUGGCCUUCGGCACGGUGCACUGCAGGAGCGGCGGCUACUACUAGGGAGCCCACCCUCGCAGGGGGCCUUUGGACUGGUCCCUAGGGCGCAGUGUUUGGAGUGGAAGAGGAAAGUGGUUAGCUAGCCACCAAACCUCCUGCCCCCUCACACACCCGGGAUCCCAGUUCUGAAUUUGGUUCUCGCUCAUGUGUUUUGUGAAAAUGACAGUGUCCUGAAACCAUGGAAGACUGUGUGCUCGCCGAAAGUCUGGGACAAGUUUAAGGAGAGAGCUUUCCCUCCUCCACUCAGAGCAGAAAAUGAACAAAUCCCAGAUUCUCCACACCCAACUUCAUGUUCCUUCUCCUCUGCCAAAAAAUCAAAAGAGUCAACAUCAACAAAAUCCAAAAAUUGAAAAUAAGACAAAACGAAAAGUACACUUACACAGGAGCAAGUGUCGUUCAAGGAUGUAUGCGUGGAUUUCACCAAGGAAGAGUGGUAUUUGCUGGACCCUGCCCAGAAGGUGCUUUACAGAGAUGUGAUCCUGGAGAAUUAUAGCAACUUCGUCUCCGUAGGGCAUUGUGUUACUAAGCCAGAUGUAAUCUUCAAGAUAGAGCAAGGAGAAGAUCCCUGGAUACCAGAAAAUGGAUUCCAGUGCCACCCAGAAAGGAAAUGGAAAGUGGACGACCUAUUAGAGAGCAACCAGGAAAAUCAAGAUGGACAUUUUUGGCCACUCAUGUUCACCAACAAGAUCACAAACCUAGAGGGUGGAGGUAACACAAGAGAAACUCCCAGUCCAGACAUUGACUCUGUAUCUUCAAGAAGUUUUCUGCUCAAAGUAUGUGACUCAUGUGAAAUGAAUUUAAAGAAUGUUUCAGCUGUAAUUAUUAGCAAAAAGAACUAUUCCAGAAAGAAGCUUAACGAGUUUAAUAUACAUAAGAAACCACUCCCUGACAGUAGGCGUGAGAAGAUUCCUGUAGGAAUAAAGUCAUGUGACUAUGAUGGGGAAAGGGAUGGCGUCCGUCUGUGCCGGGAUCUCGCUCGGCCAGUUUCUCAUCAGCCUUUUGAGUAUAACGAAACAGGACAAGGCUUCUGCGAGGAAGUGGCCCUUUGUACAAGUCAGAACUCUCAGCUAGGGGAGACUCUCUAUAAGCACACUGAAUGUGGAAGAACUUUCGUUGACAGUUUGAAGCUUAGUGUAUCUCAGAAAACACGUUUGCAUACAGAACUUCAUGAGUGCAGUAUUUGUAGAAAGUCCUUCUAUGUGGAUUUGCAGUUUGGACAUCACACAGCUCUCUCAGGAAGCAGUCCUUACGAGCGUAACGAAUAUGAGAAACUCUUCUGUGACGGUACAGCUUUCAUCGUCCAUCAGGAAGCUUACACGAGAAAGAUCGCCCAAGAGUAUAAAGUGAGUAACAGAACUUGGGGAAAGCCAGCUCUCUUCAAACAUCAGAUAAUACAGAUGGGAGGGAAACCCUAUGAAUACUAUGAAAACAGGAAAAAUUUCAGCAAAAAAUCACAUCCCACCCAGCCUCGAAGACCUCACGUGGGAGAAAAGACGUUUGAAUGUGGUGAAUGUGGUAAAAUGUUUUGGGAGAAAUCGAACCUUACCCAGCAUCAGAGAACACACACCGGAGAGAAACCGUAUGAGUGUACCGAAUGUGGGAAAGCCUUCUGCCAGAAGCCACACCUUACCAACCAUCAGCGGACACACACGGGAGAGAAACCCUAUGAGUGCAAGCAAUGCGGAAAGACGUUCUGUGUCAAGUCAAACCUUACUGAGCAUCAAAGGACACACACUGGGGAGAAACCCUAUGAAUGCAACGCAUGUAGGAAGUCCUUCUGCCACCGGUCAGCCCUAACUGUCCAUCAGAGAACACAUACAGGAGAGAAACCAUUCAUAUGCAGUGAGUGCGGGAAGUCGUUUUGUGUGAAGUCAAACCUGAUUGUCCAUCAGCGAACUCAUACAGGGGAGAAACCCUACAAGUGCAACGAGUGUGGGAAAACGUUCUGUGAGAAAUCGGCGCUCACCAAACACCAGAGAACUCACACAGGGGAGAAACCCUAUGAAUGUCACGUGUGUGGGAAGACCUUCAGUCAGAGGUCGGUACUUACCAAGCAUCUGAGAAUCCACACGAGGGUGAAAGCUCUUUUAGCAUCCUGAGUGUUUAGCUUUCGCAUGCCUGUCAAGUCCAUUGUAGUUUUAAAAAUGAGCUUAGAGCCUGCCAAAGAAUACCACAGAGUACUAGAAAAUACCAUCGUGUUGGAAUGCAUGGAAGCUUUCAAGAAAAGAAGAAACUUUCAUUUGAAAGAUUGUAUUGAAGGGAAAUUAUUCAUAUAAAUAAUAUGGUAAUAAACUUAGAAAUUAAAUUGUAUAAUGUCUUCCAAAUCUGUCUUUUAAAUAUAAUGGUUAAUAUUAAUUUUACUUGUAUUCAUAGGAAAGUAUGAAACUUAAAAAUGAGCGUCUACAGCAUUGACCAUACAUGUAAAGACAGCCGGUGUUUAUAGACCUUGUGUGAGUAUGUUAAUGUAACAGAAGUCUAGGAAACCCUGGAUUUAUGAUUUAUUGGAACCCAGAAAGGAUGUGAGGAAGAUGAGCCCUUAGUUUAGCAACUGUUAUGGAAUACUUUCACACUAAAUACCACCAGCGUUUUUAUAGGUUGAUAGGAUUAUGUACGCUUCUGAACAUAUUUGUGAAUGUGAUCUAGAUGUGUGAAUAUGUAAAUAUACCUGUAUGCAUGUACCUGUACACAAAUGGUGUUGUCACAAAGGCAGCUCACACCAUUUAAAAGUGCUGAUGAUUGUUAAAAUGUCAGGAUUUUUGUGGCUCAAUUGUCUAAUAUUACAUGAAAUUGCAGCUCAAUUAUACUGAGAGCAAAGGAAAUAAACAACACUUGUCAUUCCUAACACUCUGCUGUAUCUCACUGCUGUCUUGGCUGUGUACCAUCGGUCUCCAUGCUGAGAGUGCUGUAGAGUGGUUCACUAUUGUAUAUCUCCUUCAGUUACCUCCCAUGUGUGCGUGCACACACACACACACACACACACACACACACACACACACACACACACACACGCCAUUGCUCCGCUCAUGUUGGUAGCUUGCCCUUAGGACGUUUAUACUGUAGGAACUGAUAAAGCAUGUGUCAGAGCUUGAUUUUCUCAGAGAAGCCGUGUGUAUAUAAACUAUGUGGUAGAUUUAAAAUAUAAACUGCCCCUCUUUGUAUUUCCUAAAAUAAAUAAAUGGCUCUGGCCAUCAUUGUCAAAUUGCCUCUAUAGUAAAGAAGCCAAAGAUGGUUUACUGAGCCUUUUAAUUACCUCAGAACUAUCCAGUUCUAAAUACUACCAGUCUCGAUAGCUUGGUCAGUAUAUGCUUCAAGUAACAUUAUUAUAUUCUCUCUCUCUCUCUCUCUCUCUCUCUCUCUCUCUCUCUCUCUCUCUCUCUCUCUCUCUCUCCCCCCCCCCCCUUCCCCUCUCUCUCACACACACAUAUAUUAUCACAGACUUUUCACUAUUUUGGACCAUGAAUAAGUAUGGCCAUUAUUACCAAACUACCCAUUUGGUGAGGAAAUGAAACAGUAUAUUUCUGAGAGUUUUUCUUAGCUACCUCUAUGUCAAUCAUAUAGAUGCUGUUAAUAAAAGUGAUAUUUACAUGACUUAACUCGAGUUGUCAAUGGUAAUGCUACACUCUACAAAUUUAAAGAUGGUAGUAUAUAAUAAAAUGUUCAUAUUAUA